CACAGCUCCAGGAAAUAGAGCAGUAAAUUGAUCUGUCCUUCAGAUUACCAGGACUUUCAUAGGCUAAAUAUCUUCACAACAGACCUCCAAAACCUUCAAGGUCAGAAGUGAACACACGGUGGCGAGAGGAACUGUCUUCACAGCAGCUCUGCUUCCUCGGAGACGGCCAGAGGGAAAGGCCGUUGGCCAGUGCCAGUACUUCGCCCAAAGGAGUACCUGCUCACAUUAACCCAGCCCAAGAAGUUCCUUUGGCCAAGACGCACACACACACACCACUGUCCGGUUUUCUAUUUCCUUCCAGUGUAACGACAACCACAAGCUGUCAGCACUUCACUAUUUGCUGUCCCCUCAGCGGGAUCGGGAUGCAGCUACGCAGCGGGCCCCUGGCGAGCCGCGGUGUCAGGGCCCUUUUCUCCUCUUCCCACCGUGGGACGCGAAUUCAGUGGCGUCAAGGGCCAAGAGCCAGACCUGAGUUUGUCUCUCACCCCCCGAUGCUCGUCUCCCUUUUCUCACUGCCUUCCGCCCCCUCUGAUCUCGACUUCUCGCAACCUAUACAGGUCCUCUCUGGGCCUCUGCCCUGAGUCAGCCCCGAAUCAGACGGGCUUGACUCGCUGAAAGAAUUCCCCUUUGAGAGGAGGCAGAUUCCCCUCUACAUAGACGACACCCUGACGUCGAGGGGCUUGCCCCUCGUCCGUGGGGAAGCCUUCCCGGCCCGCGGCUGGGGCCUGAGGUUGGGCCGAUCACCCCUCCUACCAGUCCUAGUUCGGGUCUAGCGGAAUGGCUGGGCUCCGAGAAGGGCGCCGGGCCCACGGGCGGGACGGCCAGGGCGGCCCCGCACCCUCUGGGCGCAAAUUUCUCCAGCGGGGUCCCCAGCGCGGCCGGCCCCAGUCUCGCGAGAGGACGUGGGUCCCGCCCGGCGCCCGACCCCGCCCGGCCCCACCUUCCCCUUGUCCCCCGCCCUCCCUCUUCCACUCCCCGCGGCGCGAGCGGCUGACUGCCCGGAGAGGAAACGACAUUCGGAGCUGCGCUCCCGCCCAGGCCGGCCCUGACGCGGGCCUCGUCAGCCAGUAACAGGGAGCAGAGGUGGGAGUUAGCGAGGCGACCACGAAAACGGUGAAGGUCAGAACCGACAGCCUCCUCCGAGAAGGGCAGGAGCUGGGAGGAGGCGGCAGCGGCGGCGGCAGAAACAGCAGCGGCGGCGGCGGCGGCAGCUGGGAGGAGGUGGUGACGGUGGCAACGGCAGCGUCGGGGACGAUGGCGCGACUCGUGGCAGUGUGCAGGGACGGGGAGGAGGAGUUCCCCUUCGAGAGGAGGCAGAUUCCCCUCUACAUAGACGACACCCUGACGAUGGUGAUGGAAUUUCCUGAUAAUGUGUUAAAUCUCGAUGGACAUCAGAAUAAUGGUGCACAGCUAAAGCAGUUCAUUCAGCGACAUGGUAUGCUUAAGCAACAGGAUCUAAGUAUUGCCAUGGUGGUGACAUCACGCGAAGUCCUGAGUGCACUUUCUCAGCUUGUCCCAUGUGUUGGUUGUCGUCGCAGUGUGGAGCGCCUCUUUUCCCAGCUUGUAGAGUCUGGAAAUCCUGCUCUUGAACCCCUAACAGUAGGGCCCAAGGGAGUCCUGUCUGUAACUAGAAGCUGCAUGACUGAUGCAAAGAAGCUUUAUACAUUAUUUUAUGUACAUGGGUCCAAACUAAAUGACAUGAUAGAUGCUAUUCCAAAAAGUAAGAAGAAUAAGAGAUGUCAGUUGCACUCCUUAGAUACGCACAAGCCAAAACCUUUGGGAGGUUGUUGGAUGGAUGUAUGGGAACUAAUGUCGCAGGAAUGCAGGGAUGAAGUAGUUUUAAUUGACUCGAGUUGUCUUUUAGAAACACUAGAAACAUAUCUGCGAAAACACAGGUUUUGCACUGAUUGCAAAAAUAAAGUCCUCCGAGCAUACAAUAUCCUUAUUGGUGAACUUGACUGCAGCAAAGAAAAGGGCUACUGUGCUGCACUUUAUGAAGGCUUGCGGUGCUGUCCACAUGAACGACACAUACAUGUUUGCUGUGAAACAGACUUCAUUGCACAUCUUUUGGGUCGUGCUGAGCCAGAGUUCGCAGGAGGGCGAAGAGAAAGGCAUGCAAAGACAAUAGAUAUAGCUCAAGAAGAAGUUCUGACCUGCUUGGGAAUUCAUCUUUAUGAAAGACUGCAUCGAAUCUGGCAGAAACUACGGGCAGAAGAGCAGACAUGGCAAAUGCUUUUCUAUCUUGGUGUUGAUGCUUUACGCAAGAGUUUUGAGAUGACCGUGGAAAAAGUACAGGGUAUUAGCAGAUUGGAACAACUUUGUGAGGAAUUUUCAGAAGAGGAACGAGUAAGAGAACUCAAGCAAGAAAAGAAACGCCAAAAACGGAAGAAUAGACGAAAAAAUAAGUGUGUGUGUGAUAUUCCUACUCCCUUACAAACAGCAGAUGAAAAGGAAGUAAGCCAAGAGAAGGAAACAGACUUCAUAGAAAAUAGCAGCUGCAAAGCCUGUGGCAGCACUGAAGAUGGUAAUACUUGUGUAGAAGUAAUUGUUACCAAUGAAAAUACAUCAUGUACCUGUCCUAGCAGUGGCAAUCUUUUGGGGUCCCCUAAAAUAAAGAAAGGCUUAUCUCCACACUGUAAUGGUAGUGAUUGUGGAUAUUCAUCUAGCAUGGAAGGGAGUGAAACAGGUUCUCGGGAGGGUUCGGAUGUUGCCUGCACUGAAGGCAUUUGUAAUCAUGAUGAACACGGUGAUGACUCUUGUGUUCAUCACUGUGAAGACAAAGAGGAUGAUGGUGAUAGUUGUGUUGAAUGUUGGGCAAAUUCUGAAGAGAACGACACAAAAGGAAAAAAUAAAAAGAAGAAAAAGAAAAGCAAGAUACUGAAAUGUGAUGAACAUAUCCAGAAGCUUGGAAGCUGUAUUACAGAUCCAGGUAAUCGAGAGACCUCAGGAAAUACCAUGCACACAGUGUUUCACCGUGACAAGACCAAAGAUACACAUCCUGAAAGCUGUUGCAGCUCUGAAAAGGGUGGGCAGCCAUUGCCUUGGUUUGAGCAUAGGAAAAAUGUACCACAGUUUGCAGAACCUACAGAAACGUUGUUUGGUCCCGAUUCCGGAAAAGGUGCCAAGAGCUUAGUUGAACUCCUUGAUGAGUCUGAAUGUACUUCAGAUGAGGAAAUCUUUAUCUCACAAGAUGAAAUACAGUCAUUUAUGGCUAAUAACCAGUCUUUCUACAGCAAUAGAGAACAAUACCGACAGCAUCUGAAGGAGAAAUUUAAUAAAUACUGCCGGUUAAAUGAUCACAAGAGGCCCAUUUGUAGUGGCUGGUUGACAACGGCUGGAGCAAAUUAAAUAAAUAAAAUAGCUCUGUCUUUCAAUGAAACACUCACGAUGACUACUGCGCCUUCUCUUUCGAAAAACUCUUAAUUUAGUGACUUAUGGCAAAAUUUUAUCUUAAAUCAAUGUGAUUCUUUCUUGUUUUGGGAGACGGUGGAGGUAUCCUCAUUAGUUUGUUCUUUCUUCAGGCUUGUGUCUUUAGUUGCGUGGCUGCGCAGGCCUGCCAUAUGAUUUAAGCCAUCUCUUUUCAUUAAAUGUUUCUCUUCCUGUGAGACUUACUAAAGCAACUUAGUGGCAAAAAGUAAUGUUGUACUUAUAAUUCUGUACAGAAAUGACAAUGAGCUGAAUAUAUGGUUUUACAAAGUAGACAUCCACUUGCAAAAUGUUUGGAUGUAAUGUUAAAGCGCAAUGUGCAAAAUUUAAAAUAAAGAAUAUUUAUUAAUACGCACAGUAAAA